AUGUCUGCUAAUAGCAACGAAGUGCAAGUGGGAGUGGAGAGGUUGUUCAUAGGGGCAGGUUGCAACAGAAUAGUGAACAAUGUUUCAUGGGGUGCCUGUGACUUGGUCUCUUUUGGUACCCAAAACGCUGUUGCCAUUUUUUGUCCGAAGAUUGGACAAAUCUUGAUUACGCUUCCCGGCCACAAGGCACAUGUUAAUUGUACUCACUGGUUGCCAAGCAACAAGUUUGCAUUUAAAGCUAAACAUUUGGAAAGGCACUAUCUUCUAUCUGGAGAUGCCGAUGGAGCUAUUACUUUGUGGGAGUUUUCUCUUGCAGACAAGAAGUGGAGGCAUGUGUUACAAGUAGUCGAACACAAAAAAGGUGUUACAUGCAUUACUGCAAUCAUGGUGUCUGAUACAGAUGCGCUGUUUGCAUCCACCUCUUCUGAUGGUGUCGUAAAUGUGUGGGAAGUAAUCCUUCCAUCUAUUUCUGGAGGUGAAUGCAAAUUGUCUUGUUUGGACUCCUUGUUUGUUGGGAGAAAACCUAUGGUCGCUCUUUCAUUAGCACAGUUGCCUGGGAACUCUGGUCAACUAGUCCUGGCCACAGGGGGACUGGACAACAAGAUUCAUCUAUACUGCGGUGAGAGGACAGGAAAAUUUGUUCAUGCCUGUGAGUUGAAAGGGCACACUGAUUGGAUUCGUAGUCUGGAUUUCUCGUUACCUAUAUAUGCUAAGGGUGAAACAUCUAGUGUUCUGCUAGUAAGUUCAUCUCAAGACAAAGGCAUACGCAUAUGGAAGAUGGCUUUAUGUGAUUCUCUUUCUAAUAAGGGAACAAGUUUGGCCUCUUACAUUAAAGGUCCUGCAUUUGUAGCCGGUUCAUCAUCUUAUCAAAUAUCUCUGGAAUCUCUCCUCAUUGGCCAUGAGGAUUGGGUAUACUCAGUGCAAUGGCAGCCGCCUCAAAGCUCAUCUACUGAGGGUAUGGAAUUUUAUCAGCCUCAAAGCAUUUUAUCUGCAUCCAUGGAUAAGACGAUGAUGAUCUGGCAACCUGAAAAGACUACUGGCAUAUGGAUAAAUGUGGUCACUGUUGGGGAACUAAGUCAUUCUGCUUUGGGGUUUUAUGGUGGGCAUUGGAGCCCAAGUGGAGACUCAACUUUAGCUCAUGGUUAUGGUGGAUCUUUCCAUUUAUGGAAAAAUGUUGGCAUUGAUUUUGAUGAUUGGAAACCACAGAAAGUUCCUUCUGGACACUUUGCAACUGUAUCAGACAUUUCAUGGGCUAGAUGUGGGGAGUAUCUGCUGUCCGUCAGUCAUGAUCAAACAACUAGGGUGUUUGCUCCAUGGCGUAACAUAUCUUCUUCAGAAGUUGGAGAAGCUUGGCAUGAAAUUGCACGUCCUCAAGUUCAUGGCCAUGAUGUUAACUGUGUGACAAUAAUCAAAGGAAAAGGGAACCACCGUUUUGUAAGUGGGGCCGAUGAGAAAGUUGGCAGAGUUUUUGAAGCUCCUCUAUCCUUUUUAAAGACUUUGAAUCAUACAAAUUCAUGGAAAUUUAAUUCUUCUGAUGACCUUCAAGCUGACAUGCAAAUUUUGGGUGCAAAUAUGUCUGCCCUAGGACUAUCCCAGAAGCCUAUAUAUGUUCAAGCUCCAUCUUCGUCAGUUGACAGAAAUAGCAAUGAAGGCAUUGAUACCCUCGAAACGAUUCCAGCAGCGGUUCCAGUUGUGCUGACAGAACCACCCAUUGAAGAACAACUUGCAUGGCAUACACUAUGGCCAGAGUCCCACAAGCUUUACGGUCAUGGCAAUGAACUUUUUUCUUUGUGUUGUGACCAUGGUGGCAAGCUUGUUGCUUCAUCCUGCAAGGCUCAGUCAGCAUCUGUGGCAGAAAUAUGGCUUUGGCAAGUUGGCUCUUGGAAGUCUGUUGGCCGCUUGCAUUCUCACACUCUAACAGUGACACAAAUGGAGUUCUCUCACGAUGAUAAUUUUCUUUUGACAGUCUCAAGAGAUCGUCAUUUUUCUAUUUUUGAAAUCAAGCAGACAGGAUUGGAUGAAAUUAGUCAUCAGCUUGUAAUUAGGCAGGAAGCACAUAAAAGAAUAAUAUGGGCAUGUUCUUGGAACCCGUUUGGUCAUGAAUUUGCAACAGGUUCAAGGGACAAGACUGUUAAGAUCUGGGCAGUAGUAAAUGGAUCGUCAGUUAAGCUACUUACGACUCUACCAACGUUCAAAAGUAGUGUCACAGCGCUAUCUUGGCUGGGCGUUGAUCGGCAGAGAAACCAAGGGCUUCUUGCAGUUGGGAUGGAAAAUGGACUCAUCGAAUUGUUUAGUCUUUCCAAUGCAAAAGCUGAAGAUGGAAGCAUCCCAGUGCUGAAUGCAGCUCUUGUUGUCCAGUUUGAUCCCCUUAUAUGCCACGUGUCUACAGUUAACCGGUUAAGAUGGAAAAACUCAGACAAGAGUGAAGAUUCUUCGGCUGUGCAGCUUGCAUCCUGCGGGGCUGAUCAUUGUGUGAGAGUAUUUGAGGUUAAAUGUUCUUAA